AUGAUCGGCCAGAAGACGCUCCACUCCUUCUUCUCCCCGAGCCCCGCCGGGAAGCGACGCGCCCGCAGCCCCGAGCCGGCCGCCCCGGGGACCGGCGUGGCGGCCGUGGGUGCAGAGGUCAGCCCCGCCAAGAAGGCCCGGGCGGAGCAGGAGGAGCCCGGCACACCGCCCUCGUCGCCGCUGAGCCCUGAGCAGCUGGACCGCAUCCAGAAGAACAAGGCCGCGGCCUUGCUCAAACUCGCGGCUCGCAACGUGCCGGUGGGUUUCGGUGAGAGCUGGAAGAAGCACCUCAGCGGAGAGUUCGGAAAACCGUAUUUUAUAAAGCUGAUGGGAUUUGUUGCAGAAGAAAGAAGACAUUACACUGUUUAUCCGCCCCCACACCAAGUCUUCACCUGGACCCAAAUGUGCAACAUAAGAGAUGUGAAGGUUGUCAUCCUGGGACAGGAUCCAUAUCAUGGACCCAAUCAAGCUCACGGGCUCUGCUUUAGCGUUCAAAGACCUGUUCCGCCUCCGCCCAGCUUGGAAAACAUUUAUAAAGAGCUGUCUACAGACAUCGAAGGUUUUGUCCAUCCUGGCCAUGGAGACUUAUCUGGCUGGGCCAAGCAAGGUGUUCUCCUACUCAACGCUGUCCUCACCGUCCGGGCGCAUCAGGCCAAUUCUCACAAGGAGAGAGGCUGGGAGCAGUUUACCGACGCGGUCGUGUCCUGGCUGAAUCAGAACUCCAGUGGCCUCGUCUUCUUGCUCUGGGGCUCUUAUGCUCAGAAGAAGGGCAGUGCCAUCGACAGGAAGCGCCACCAUGUGCUGCAGACCGCCCACCCCUCCCCUCUGUCGGUGUACCGAGGGUUCUUUGGGUGCAGACAUUUCUCCAAAACCAACGAGCUGCUGCGCAAGUCCGGCAAGGAACCCAUCAACUGGAAGGACCUGUGA